CGCGGCAGCCGUUCCCUUCAGCUCCCAGCUGAGCAGAGGGAGGCGGCUUCGGAGCGAAAGAGGCUCCAGUUCUCUUACUGGUUUCCAGUAUCCCCCGCGUCCUGCCCCCGCGUCCGAGAAGAUGAAGUAUAUCAUAGGCGUAGGAGGUGUGACCAACGGGGGCAAGACCACUUUGACCAAUAGACUUAUCCAAGCCCUUCCGAACUGUUGUGUGGUCCACCAAGAUGACUUCUUCAAGCCACAAGAUCAAAUACAAGUCGGGGAAGACGGCUUUAAGCAAUGGGAUGUCUUGGAUUCCUUGGACAUGGAUGCGAUGGUGAACACAGUGCGUGCCUGGAUCGAGAAUCCUGUGAAGUUUGCCCGAUCCCAUGGAGUGAAUGUUUCGCAUGACUCAAAGGUGCUCAGUUCUGAGGAUAUCCACGUACUGGUUGUUGAGGGAUUUCUGCUUUAUAACUACAGGCCUCUGGUGGACCUGUUUGAUAAGCGCUACUACUUAGCCGUUCCUUAUGAUGAAUGCAAACGGAGGAGGAGUACACGUAAAUACACAGUUCCUGACCCUCCCGGUCUCUUUGACGGUCACGUUUGGCCAAUGUAUCUUAAACACAGGAAGGAAAUGGAGGCCGAUGAAGUCAAUGUUGUUUAUUUGGAUGGACUGAAGUCCAGAGAUGAACUUUAUGCACAAGUCUUUGAAGAUAUACAGAACACACUCUUGAACUCGUCAUAGGACCUGUGGGAAACAGAAAGAUCUAUGUACAGAUUUGGUGUAAAUACUCUUGGAUAUUAGCAGAAGCAUGUAGGGUUGAGUUUUAAAAAGCCUGCUGGACACUGUCCUUUAGAAAACAACUCUGUGUAUAUAAUUGAAAGUUAAGGUGACUUAUUUACCACACAACCAUGGGCAGUUUUUUAUCUUAUUUUAUAUUCCACUGAUAAUUGUGUUUUUAAGAUGCAUUUUUAUACUUGGAUGAAGUUUGUAAAAUACUACUGCUUUUAGUACUAAUAGGCAAUCUUUUCUGUAACUAUUCAUGUAAUACCACAUUGUAUAUUCAAUAAAGAAAGAUUUAAACAUUUCA